AUGUCUUACUAUCCGCCGUAUUCGGGCCCUCCCGGUUAUCCCCCGCAACAGAAUUAUGCUCCUCCCAAUUACGGCUCCCAGCAACAAUAUCCACCAAUGCAGCAGUCCUCGUAUGGCGGUUAUCCCGGACAAGCCUACCACCACCAUCAGCAGUCCAACCCCUACGGAUACGGUCACUCUCCCCAGCCAUCCUACGGAUCGUCGGCCCCCAAUAACGGUUAUGGACAUGCACCAUCGGGAUACGGUCAACGUCCGGCCGCGCAGUCUGGAGGUUCGAUGUAUGGGCGACAACAGUACGGUGGUGGUGGCCCGGCUCGGCCGCCGUCUGAGCCGGUCGCGUUCGGCCACGGCGCUCCGCAGGGUUACAACUUCCAGUACUCGCGCUGUACGGGAAAGAGAAAGGCACUGUUGAUCGGAAUCAACUACUUUGGACAGAAGGGCCAGCUGCGUGGCUGUAUCAACGAUGUUAAGAAUGUGUCCACCUAUCUGAACCAGAGCUUUGGCUAUGCUAGGGAGGACAUGGUCAUCCUUACCGAUGACCAGCAGAAUCCUAUGAGCCAGCCGACUAAGGUGAAUAUCCUGCGUGCUAUGCACUGGCUGGUUAAGGAUGCGCAGCCUAAUGACUCGCUCUUUUUCCACUACUCCGGUCACGGAGGUCAGACACCAGACGAAGACGGUGACGAAGAUGAUGGAUACGACGAAGUAAUCUACCCCGUCGAUUUCCGGGUGGCAGGACACAUUGUGGAUGACGAGAUGCACCGGAUCAUGGUCAACUCCCUUCAGCCGGGUGUGCGACUGACGGCCAUUUUCGACUCGUGUCACUCUGGUUCCGCCCUCGACUUGCCUUACGUCUACUCGACCUCGGGUGUACUCAAGGAGCCCAACCUGGCCAAGGAAGCUGGUCAAGGUUUGCUGGGUGUUGUCUCCGCAUACGCACGCGGCGACAUGGGCGGUAUGAUGUCGACUGCCGUCGGUUUCCUCAAGAAGGCAACCAAGGGCGACGACGCAUACGAGCGAACCAAGCAGACCAAGACUAGCCCGGCGGAUGUCAUCAUGUGGUCCGGCAGCAAGGACAGCCAAACCAGUGCGGAUGCUUCCAUCUCUGGCGAAUCAACCGGUGCCAUGUCCUGGGCUUUCAUCACGGCACUGCGCAAGAACUCUCAGCAGAGUUAUGUGCAGUUGUUGAACAGCAUUCGGGACGAACUGGCGACCAAGUAUUCGCAGAAACCGCAGCUGAGCAGCAGUCAUCCUUUGGACACCAACCUCCUUUAUGUUAUGUAG